ACAACAUACAUACUAGAGUUGCACUAGUAAUAGCCUAGCCAGAGGCAAUUCAACAUAAAUACUCAUUUGAAAAAUGGACAUAUUUGAAAACACUUUCGUAAGAGGUCCUUCGCCAUCAUAUUCAGAUGAAGCGAACUCGGAGACUGCAUUGUCGGUGACAUUGCCAAUAGGAGGUGCCGAAAUGGACUUGGGUCGCAUCGAUUCGAAGACGGACACUGAUAAUUAUUUCGACGAGAAAUUGAAUUGCUCGUACGAUGAUGAUAGCUGCUCCCAUUUACAUCCAGGUCGUCAGGGUCGCAAUAGUUUUGCCUUUUGGACCGCUGUGAUAGUUCUUCUAUUGCUGACCAUUGGCAACUUAAUACUGACCCUAACUAUUAUGGGUGUGCUACGCCUAGGAAAGGGGGUGCAGGGCAUGGAGCUAAUUCCCGAAAUGGAUUUAAUCAAAUUUUACGAUGAAACCGAUUUGGAUCGUAUCCAAACCAAUUCAAUUGGAAUUCAUGGCUUCGCCGAUAUCCCUGUAUCGAUUAGCAGCGACGGCGAAGACAGUGGAGUGCAUUUACGAGUCUUCCGCAAUUCGAAUAGUGCUGAACGCGAUCGUGUUGUGCUUAAUAAGGAUGGAAUUGUCAUACAAGCAAAUAUGUUUGAAAUCAAAGACCCAGUCGAUCGUUCAACAAUCUUUACGACCCAUCGUCCACAAUAUAGCAUGCCAUCCGGAAUGGAUGGGGUGCUAAAGACGAAGGUAGCUAGUACAAGUCGGAUUACCAGUCCAGUUGGCGUCCCUUUGGUCAUGGAUAGCGACAGUCACAUUGCCAUCAAGGGAUCCGAAGGGGUUUUUUUCGAUGGCUCUACAAUAGAGCUACAGGUCGAGCAUCACGUUUCGAUUAACUCUACACAAGGUGCCACUGUAUUCGAGGCAGGUGCAGGAAUCUUCCUUGAUAUGGAUCGCAUACCGAUUGUCAGCUCAGAGCUGGGUCUACGCACCGGCAGCGUUCAAUAUAAGAUUUGCGUAUGCAUGCCGGUUGGCAUCCUAUUCCGCAUAGCGAUUCCACGAGUUCACAAUGGACCCAAGAUAUCCUGUGCUCAUUUCGACAGCCAGCAUGAUCCCUGCGAGGUCAACUAAUCACUCUAUUUAAUAAAUAAAUAACAGCAAUAUCAAUUAUAGUAGCCCUAUUAGAAAUGUUACUUACGUGUAUAAUUUUUUUUUAUUUUUAUUUGUAUUGUAUUUAAGAAAAAUGUACACGUACUUAGAAGGUUAGUUGGUAUGCUUAUUAAAACACUACAAUUUCUGAAUCUGUUUGGCAAAGACACCGCAAUUAUGUUAAUAUAUAAUUUGUUUAAUAAAAAAUAUAAACCAACUGUAUCC